GAUUGCACUUCACAGUAGCUGCGUGUCAGUAAAGGUACCGUAUAUGUGGUUAAUAACGAGCUUUGGAGUUCUUCACAAUGAAACGUACUUUAUAAAUGUAAGAUUGCCCUUAUCACAUUUCUUAUCUCUUGUUUUUAACGCUUUGUUUUGUACAGCAGGAUAUGAUCCUUCUUCUAUGUCCGGGCUUUGGCCUCACACAGUAGGUGUAAUAUAAUCGCUGAGGUGGGCGUUCUGGAAGGAGAAUUAUUUUUGGAGGCUUUUGCAUGAAACUUGUCCAAUGAGUCUGAGACGCCCAAGCACCAUUAUUUUUGGAGGAAAAGGAUGGAGUAUUGCAUGCUGGGAACAAGUGCUUUCCAUAAGGUACAGGAGCAGCUCAUGAUGCCCCGUAAAGCUUUUCUUUCCCAGAAAGAAAAGCAGGCUCGUGCCAGGGAGAGGGAUAUGUUAAAAAAGAGGAGGAGGCGACAAGACUAUCUCAAAAGAAGCGUGGAGCCACAGAGAAAUGCAGAAACAAUAAAAUGGCACAGGGAUGAUGAGAAGAGGAGAGAAAAUGAGCAAGUUAAGGACAAAGAUAUCAAGAAGCGGUGGAGACAGGAUGAGAGAGAACGCCGAAGGAAUGUGGACACUAUGAAUUGGCGCAGGGAAGAUGAGAAGAGGGAAAAUGAGCGAGAAACUAUGUUCCAACUUCCUGUCAACAACCUUGGCAGUUUAAGAAAGGCCCGGAAAACUGUGAAAAAAAUACUUAGUGACAUUGGUUUGGAAUACUGUAAAGAACAUAUAGAAGAUUUUAAGCAGUUUGAACCUAAUGACUUUUAUUUGAAAAACACUACAUGGGAAGAUGUAGGAUUGUGGGACCCAUCGCUUACAAAGAAUCAGGACUAUCGGACAAAGCCCUUUUGCUGCAGCGCGUGUCCAUUUUCCUCGAAGUUCUUUUCCGCCUACAAAAGCCACUUCCGGAAUGUUCAUAGUGAAGACUUUGAAAAUAGGAUUCUUCUUAACUGUCCUUACUGUACUUUCAAUGCGGACAAAAAGACUUUGGAAACGCACAUUAAAAUAUUUCAUGCUCCAAAUGCCAAUACAGCGAGUGGAGGCAUCAGCACUUUUAAAGAUAAAAACAAACAUGAUAGCCUUAAACCUAAGCAGGCUGACAGUGUAGAGCAAGCUGUUUAUUACUGUAAGAAGUGCACUUACCGAGAUCCUCUGUAUGAAAUAGUUAGGAAGCACAUUUACAGGGAACACUUUCAGCACGUCGCUGCUCCUUAUGUAGCAAAGGGAGGUGACAAGUCGCUCAACGGUGCAGUUCCGCUAAGCUCCAGCGCCCGCGAGGAGGGUAGUAUUCACUGCAAGCGAUGCCUUUUUAUGCCGAAAUCCUAUGAAGCUUUAGUGCAGCAUGUUAUCGAAGACCACGAACGUAUAGGAUACCAGGUAACAGCAAUGAUAGGUCACACUAACGUAGUGGUUCCAAGAUCUAAACCUUUGAUGCUAAUAGCUCCAAAACCACAGGAUAAAAAGCCUAUGGGCCUCCCCCAGAGGAUGGGUCCCCUUUCCCCUGGAAGCGUUCGGUCGCUUUCGUCACAGCAGAUGAUGAACAGACUCACUAUACCAAAGCCUACGUUAAACUCUGGCGUGAAUAUGAUGUCAAACGUUCACCUGCAACAAAACAAUUACGGAGUCAAAUCGGUACCACCGAGUUACGUUGGUCAGCCAGGGGGAAGGCUGAACUUAAGCGGCAACGCAGUUUCUAUUCCCCAGCAGUCCCAAACAAUGAAACAGUUUUCAAGUGGAAAUGGAAGGCCUUAUACUCUUGGGGGGGAACAGAGAUCACAGGCCUCAGCAAGAUACUCUCUGCAGUCUGGCAAUUCAUCUUCUCUUUCAUCUGGUCAGCUGAAGCAAACAUCGUUAUCUCAGUCACAGUCAAGAGUAUUAGGUCAGUCUGGCUCAAAAUCUCCUGUAGCUGCUACAGGUCCCUCUGCUGUCAAUACAUCAUCCACACAAAAGUGGAAAAUCUGUACAAUCUGUAAUGAGCUCUUUCCUGAAAAUGUGUAUAGCGUCCACUUUGAAAAGGAGCACAAGGCUGAAAAGGUGCCAGCAGUAGCUAAUUAUAUAAUGAAAAUACACAAUUUUACUAGCAAAUGUCUAUACUGUAAUCGCUAUUUACCUACUGACACGUUGCUUAACCAUAUGCUAAUACAUGGUCUGUCUUGUCCGUACUGCCGCUCGACCUUCAACGAUGUUGAAAAGAUGGCUGCUCACAUGCGAAUGGUUCAUGUCGAUGAAGAAAUGGGACCUAAAACUGAUUCCACGCUGACCUUUGAUUUGACACUGCAGCAGGGUAGCCAUACAAAUAUACAUCUUCUUGUAACCACCUACAACCUGAGAGAUGCUCCUGCUGAGUCUGUAGCUUAUCAUGCUCAGAAUACUCCCCCCGUACCUCCAAAACCACAGCCGAAAAUCCAGGAGAAGUCUGAUGUACCUGUAAAAAGUUCUCCGCAAGCAGCAGUUCCCUACAAAAAGGAUGUGGGUAAAACUCUCUGUCCUCUGUGCUUCUCAAUCCUAAAAGGACCCAUCUCUGAUGCCCUUGCACAUCAUUUAAGGGAGCGGCAUCAAGUUAUUCAAACAGUUCAUCCAGUUGAGAAAAAGCUGACUUACAAAUGCAUUCAUUGCCUUGGUGUAUAUACUAGUAACAUGACUGCCUCAACCAUAACACUGCACCUUGUACACUGCAGAGGUGUUGGGAAGACUCAGAACGGCCAAGAAAAAGGUAAUUCAUCAUCUCGGCUAAAUCAGUCUCCAGCUCUAGCCCCUCUAAAACGCUCUUACGAACACAUGGAAUUCUCCCUAAUGAAAAGAAGGAAGAUGGAUGACGACGACUCCCCCUCUGCCUUCGAGGAGAGGCCUGAAGAGCCAGUAGUUUUAGCUUUGGACCCCAAGGGUCAUGAAGAUGAUUCCUAUGAAGCCAGGAAAACAUUUCUUACAAAAUAUUUUAAUAAGCAACCAUAUCCCACUAGGAGAGAAAUUGAAAAGCUGGCUGCCAGUUUGUGGCUAUGGAAAUCUGAUAUUGCUUCUCAUUUUAGCAACAAACGGAAGAAAUGUGUUAGAGAUUGUGAAAAAUAUAAGCCUGGUGUGCUGCUUGGUUUCAACAUGAAAGAAUUGAACAAAGUUAAACACGAGAUGGAUUUUGAUGCUGAAUGGCUCUUUGAAAACCAUGAUGAAAAGAAUGUCAGAGUCAAUGUUAGUAAGACUGUUGAUAAAAAAAUAAACAUAGAGAAAGAUAAUGACAGUUCCUCAGACAGCUAUGAGAACAUAGAAGAGGAAUACAAUGAAAGCAGUAGUCCAUUCGGUCAACAAAUUUCUGACAUUGGUGGGAAAACCUCUUCUGAUAGCCUGGUGGAGAAUCCAGAGGACAGCAUAUCCAAGGAGACUGGGGAGGAAAAUACUUCACAGUCCCCUGAGAAGAAUGAUCAAAAACAAGAGGAAAGUUCUAAAUACGAAGAGAUUAUUUCUGCUGAAGAACCAACAAAACUAGUAGGUGAUGUUUCAGACAGUGAAGGUGAUCAGGAUGAUCAAGAUGAUGCUGUUGAAUGGAAAGAUGGAGCUUCACCAUCUGAGAGUGGGCCUGGUUCUCAACAGGGCUCUGAUUAUGAAGAUAAUACAUCAGAAGUAAAGCCAGAAGUGUGGACAGAUGAAUCCUCCCAGAGUGAAGAUGCUGGCAGCAGUAAACAGCCUGAAGAAGCAAAAGGGGGUGGAUCUGAAAGCGAUGAAGAACAGUCAAAGUGGAAGAAUCGUUCCUAUGGAAAAGUAGAAGAGUUUUGGUCCAAGGACCAGUCGCAGUGGAAAAAUGCCUCGGAGAUUGAGGAGAGCUUGUCGAGUCAGCAGAUGGAGUGGCAGAGCAGCACGAUGGACAGUGAGGACGGAGAGCAGUUCGACGGCGUGGCGGCCGGCGUGGCGGAGCCCAUGCACAGCAGCCUCCCCGGCGUGGAGCUGAGCAGCCAGCAGGCGUGA